AUGGCGGAGGAAGUGCUUAAGUGCGCGCGCUUUGGAGACGAACAGGAGCUCAGAACGUUAAUACAAUCAGUGGAAGGCGACGAGAGCGAUGAAUUUAUCAACUUCGUGCAACCGGGGACGCUCAAUACGCCACUUCACAUGGCGUGUGCGAAUGGCCACAUUGAGUGCGUUCGCGAGCUACUGAACAACGGAGCCAAGCACGUGCCGAACGCCAACGGAAAUCUGCCACUGCAUUGGGCAGUGCAAAACAAGCACCGAGAGAUCGUCAAGCUGCUCGUGGAUGGAGUCAAGGACUUGGACGUGCUGGCCCGCAAUAGUUUCGGUCGUGGUUGCGUCACCGAAGCCUUCCAAUGCGAAGACACGGAGAUCUUGGCGAUGCUGUUAGAGCACAGCUCGGCGACAGAGGAGCGUCUGGCUGAAGGCACAGGAAUGGGCAAGGACGCGAUCAAGGAGGAGGUCGAGGAGGAAGGAGACGAGGCCGACAGCAACACGCCCAAGGGCAAACAGGUCUGCGAACUUGGGUCGGGCUGCGGUGUCAGUGGUCUGGCGGUGCACAAGUACACGAAUGCUGCGCGUGUGGUGCUGUCCGAUCUGUUCGCGCACACUAUCCAGAACUUAGAGCACAAUGUGGAGCUGAACAAGGCCGACAAGAAGACUGACGUUGGAGAGGAGAAGCAGGAAGUUCCCAUCCUUGACUGUUGCGGUCGAUGUGGUGCUGUUCAGCGCUUUACUCCAGAUAACCCCGAGGGCAAACUCAUGACGUGCGGGGGCUGCAGGUCCGUGGCUUACUGCUCUCGUGAGUGUCAGAAGAAGGCGUGGAAGAAGCACAAAACUGAUUGCAAGGCUAUCCGUGCCCAGCGCGAGCAGGCCGAAGCUUUGAAGCAGAGUAAGGUUAGUGAGGACGGGGUUAUUCAGGUCGAGGCUAUUGACUGGGCUCAGCGUGAGACGUGGCCUGUCAGCUGCGAUGACGACAAGUUCGACGUGCUCUUCGGCUCGGAUCUCGUGUACCAUCAGGAAAUUGUGCCAGUGCUUGUAAAUGUGGUGGACGGUAUGCUGGCUGCUGAAGGACGGUUUGUACACGUUGCUUCCCAGGCACGACACUCGCUGGUGGAGUUCAAGGAAGCGAUGGAGACGCGUGGCUUCACGUGUGCGGUGGAGGAGGUCCCUGAUGAUUACAAGACGAACCCUUUGGUAGGCGAUGACGCUGCGGCUGAACUGUUCGCUCUGCACUUUAACGAGAUGAGCGACGUAUACUGCAUCUACACGUUCACUCGCACUACUAAGCCGUAG